AUGUUCCCAUCUCCCCCAACGAGAUUAGGAUCCCCGACCAUCCACGGGCAAACCCUCGAAGAGCUCGAGUCAGAUAUCGUUCCCGAGGAAGAGAAAAGCUGGUUUUACUACCUCGCAGAGAUCUCCUAUCGUCGUAUUUUGAAUCGUGCCAUGGCAGUAAUGGGCCACGAAGGAGAAGAGGGCUGGAUCCGGAAUAUUUCCAGCCGGAUCAAGCAGUGUAAGACAUUUAAUGAUCAAAUAGAUCUCUGGUAAGGAUCGAUUUCUCCAAGCAACAGUGCUACGAUGAGAAAAAGCUUAACAUAAGUAGGUAUUCUCACGUACCGCCUCAGCUCAACCCCCAACAUGAAGGCCACGAGAACAGUGAACUCGGGCAGUUUCUAGCCAAUCGUGCAAUCAGCUGCCGCGAAUGGAUCCAUCGGCCGUUCCUCUACUACAUUAUUCAUAGGCCACCUUCCGAUCCAAUCCAUGACCAAGUGA